GACUCCAACACAGCAACACUAGCGAUUACUCAAAAAUGCCAAAUGAAUGGCCGUGUAUUCUGUAAUCAGAUUGUUGUAAAAAAAUGGCAAAAACUUACGAUUAUUUAUUUAAAUUGCUUCUCAUAGGUGAUUCAGGAGUCGGAAAAACAUCUAUAUUAUUUAGAUUUUCAGAAGAUGCCUUCAAUAUCUCAUUUAUAUCCACUAUUGGCAUUGACUUCAAAAUACGAACAAUUGAUCUUGAUGGUAAAAAAGUAAAAUUACAAAUAUGGGAUACGGCCGGUCAAGAAAGAUUCCGCACGAUAACAACAGCUUAUUAUCGAGGAUCCAUGGGAAUAAUGCUUGUAUAUGAUGUUACAAAUGAGAAGAGUUUUGAAAACAUAAAAAAUUGGAUAAGAAACAUAGAGGAAAAUGCAAGUGCAGAUGUUGAAAAGAUGAUUCUUGGCAAUAAGUGUGAUUUAGACGCAAAACGACAGGUCUCUAAGGAAAGGGGAGAACAAUUAGCAAUAGAGUAUCAAAUAAAAUUUGUAGAAACAUCAGCAAAGGAUUCGUUAAAUGUGGAAUACGCUUUUUAUACACUAGCAAGGGAUAUCAAAGCCAAGAUGGAGAAGAAGCAGAAGGAGGCGAGCAACCCACCCGGUGGCAGAGGCGGCACCCACCAAUUGAAAGCAACAGACCAGCAGCGCAAGCCCACCUCGUGGCUGUCUCGUUGCUCCAUCCUCUGACGAUGCACAGUCCUGCCUGAACACCCGCGCCAAUUACUCCUCUAUUAAGUGAAUAUGGGUCGCAACCCCUACACUAUUUUUCGACCUAUUUUUAACUGGUGCACUCCUUAUGGAGAUCAGACUUGCUUUUGUAUUUUUAUAUCCAAUAUCCUUCUUUUCGAGGUGUUAAAUUGUGGAUAUGUUGCAAUGAUAUCUAGAAUAAUUUGUGACGAAAGGUCAUAUCAUUUUAAAUACAUCAAUGAAUAGUAUUUUCUUUCCAGUU